AUGGAAGCACGAUUGGUUCUAUUGGUCCUGUCCAUCUGUGGGUUCGCUCUGGGAGCCAAGCUGCCUGUGGAAGGCGGAAACAAUGGUGCGGGCAUGCCGCCUGCCAUUGUUGGGGGAACAGAUGCAGCCGAGGAUGCGUGGCCAUGGCAGGUGAAAUUGAAAUACAAGGGAAGCUUUUCGUGUGGCGGUACACUUCUUAGUGACGAUACCGUACUGACGGCGGCUCAUUGUACCCACAACAGAGAGAAAAGGAAAUUCAGAGUAGUAGUAGGGGAUUACGACCGAAAAAAGAACGAAAAGAAGACAAGAGGUCAAAAAGAGAUAAAAGUGAAGAAAAUAAUAGAGCAUCCUGAUUAUGACGGUGGAGUUCUACAUGAUCUGGCAAUCAUGAAGCUUAAGAAAAAGGCGAGGUUUAAUAAUUACAUUAAACCAAUACCCGGGCUGGCAAAUGACACCAUGGACUUGAUGAGCAGUAUCUGUUAUGUGACUGGAUGGGGAGCAGACAGAGGACCAUCGAGUUCAGCGAGAAUCCUUCAGGAACUUCAAACACCUGUGGUGACCAAUGAACAGUGUCAGGCUGGCAUCGAGUUCGGUUAUCCUGUCACUGACGAUAUGAUCUGUACGGAUUCGGAACCAAAAGGCUCCUGUUAUGGUGACAGUGGCGGUCCUCUCCAGUGCUUGGUGGAUGGUAUCUGGGUACAUGCGGGAGCGGUAUCGUGGGGUAACGCGAACUGUAGAGUCGGCCCUUCCGUGUAUGCGAGUACCUCUUAUCACAGGGAUUGGAUCUUGGAUAACAUGUAGAUAGUGAUACCACAA